ACACUAGCUGCCGAUGCUGUGGGUCGCUGUUUGAGCUACAAUACUGAGGACUUUUCUCUAAUCUAAUGCUGCUUUUUUUUUACCAAACUUACCAACGUAGGGUUAGAUAAAUAACUACACUUUUGUUAAACACAGCUCAAUAGAACUCUUUCCCAGGAAUUCUCAAAUUAAGCCAGAUGCAGUGUUAGAGCUCAACUCAGGGAUUCUCUCCUGAAUGGGUGGAGGAAGUUACGGAACGUGGAAAUGAAGAACAUGCUGGUUAUAUUUGUGCUUCUUUUGACGAUUUUACAAUGCAUUGCUCAAAAAAAAGGUGAAAUGUCCUUUAUGAUCUACAAUCCAUAUCGGUCCAGAUGUCUGGGAGACAACCCACGAAGGCUGAUUCCGUGUGGCGAGAGCCCGAGACUACAGUUCCGCUGGACUACAGAGAACCGCAUCUUUAACGUUGGCCUAAAUAAAUGCCUCGGUGCUGAGAGCAAGAGUGAGGGCAGUGAUCUGAAGUGGUAUACCUGUGAGGCCAACAAUGACCUUCAGAAGUGGGAGUGCAAAGGCUUCUUUAGGUUCGGCCUGAAGAAUGAGAAUAUUUACUUGUCUCUUAGACCAGAUACUUUUAUAUUUACAAUGACAAGAUCUCCAGGAACCGAGGGGAGAUGGAAAAAUCUUCCAAAAAUGGGCACCGUUUGUUCUCAGCCGUAUGAAGCAAUCUACACUAUUAAAGGAAAUGCCCUUGGACGCCCCUGCAACUUUCCAUUCCUCUUCAAUAAUAAAUGGUACUCAGACUGCACAACUAAUUUCACCAGUCUUCCGUGGUGUGCAGUUGAAAGUGAAUUUGAUCCGAACCAGCUCUGGGGUUAUUGCCCAUCUCCAAGAGUGAAUGAGUUCUGGAAGAGGAACCCUCUGACAAAUGUUUAUUAUCAGGUGAAUGAAGAUUCUGCACUGACCUGGUAUCAGGCCAGGAAGAGCUGCCAGCAGCAGGGGGGAGACCUAGUGAGCAUCACAGAGCCUCAUCAGCAGACCUUUAUAUCAGGGCUGAUUAAGACAACAGGUCCAGUCUUGUGGACAGGGCUGAACAGUUUAGAAUCAUCAGGAGGAUGGCGGUGGGUCAAUGAACAACCUUUACGUUAUCUGAAAUGGAUGAGUGGACAACCGUCUUCUUUACCAGACCACAGCUGUGGAGUGCUAAGUCAACUUUAUGGCUCUGAAUGGUCCACUGCUGUUUGCUCUGAGAAGCAUGGAUAUAUCUGCCAAAGAGGCCUCAUUACUCCCACUGUUCCACCAGUUGUGCACACAGGUUCUUGCUACAGUCCGUGGAUCCCUUACUCAGGACACUGCUACUUACUCAGUCGCACAAAGAGAACAUGGCUGGAGGCGAGAGAUGCCUGUCGGCGUGAAGGUGGAGAUCUGCUGAGCAUCCUUAAUGUAGAAGAACAAAGCUUCACCAUCUCACAACUGGGAUACACAAAGACAGAUGAGCUGUGGAUGGGUUUAAAUGAUCUCAAGACUUCGAUGCUGUUUGAGUGGAGUGACCGCUCCAGUGUUGUGUUUGCACUGUGGGACGUUAACGAGCCGAGCAGUAAUGCAGCCUUUAAGGAGGAUUGCGUUUCAAUGAGAGGAGAGGAAGGAAAGUGGGCCGACCAAACCUGUCAAAAACAGUAUGGAUACAUCUGCAAGAAGAAAACCCACCAAAAACCAUUCGCUAAUGACACUGUUGUUACAAAUCCAGGCUGCAAACCUGGUUGGGUCAGGUAUGGCUCCUACUGCUAUCUUCUGGGAUCGAAUACAAAGACUUUUGGGGAGGCCAAGAAAAUGUGUGAGACAACUGGAUCUUAUUUGGCCGACAUUACAAACAGGAUUGAAAAUGCAUUCUUGGUGAGUCUAACUGGAGCACGACCAGAGACGCACUUCUGGAUCGGACUGUCCAACAUGAAGGAUGAACACACUUUUGAGUGGACUAACUCCACAAAGGUUCCAUUUACACAUUUCAAUGUUGGAAUGCCAGGAGGAAAACAGGGAUGUGUUGCCAUGACCACAGGAAUUACUGCUGGAUUAUGGGAUGUGCUGAACUGCACAAAUGCAGAAAAAUACAUCUGCAAGCAAAAGGCUGAGGGAGUGCUGACGACUCCAGAGCCCCCAACCACUCCUGCUCCCACCUGCAGCAGCAACUGGUAUCCAGUUACAAAUAGGAAUCUUUGUUUCAAGUUGUUCAAGGUAAACGAGGACCAGAAAAAGUCAUGGUCUGAGGCUCUGGAUUUUUGUCGGGAACUUGGAGGGGAUCUGCUAAGUAUCCACAGUGCCUCCGACCUGCAAGCAUACACUAGAAUGUUAACCCCAGCGUGGAUUGGCUACAGCAUCCAGGACCCCUCUGCUGGUUACGAAUGGAGUGAUGGUUCCUCUUCCUCCUAUGAAAACUGGAGCAAUGGAGAACCAAACAAUUUAAAUAAUGUUGAAAAUUGUGUGAAGCUCCAAGAUAAGUCUUGGAUGAGUAUGCCUGAAGAAUGGAAUGACAUAAGUUGUGAUGAAAGGAUGGACUGGUUUUGUGAGAUUCAAAAAGGUGAGAUACCAAAGGAGGUAGACAUCACACGUAAAUCUUAUAAUAAAACAGAAGAUGACUGGAUCAUAUUCAAGGACAAUCAGUACUAUUUCUCUGAGAAAUCUUUCUCAAUGGAAGAAGGACGGAGGAUCUGUAAGGGCAUACAUGGUGAUCUUGUGGUCAUUAAUGAUGACGAGGAGAGGGUGUUUCUGUGGCAUCUGGUUAAAGAAAGAAAGAAUGCGUUUUAUAUUGGUAUGCAUGUUGAUCUGGACAAGUCUGUUUCGUGGUUGGAUGGAACACCAGUGGUAUACCAAGCUUGGCUACAAAACCAGCCAGCCUUUUUGAACAGUGAUGAACACUGUGUAAAAAUGACCAGAUUUCAAGGGCUUUGGCAAACUCAGAACUGUGGUGAUCCUGAAGGGCUUGUCUGUGAGCGCAGUGGAUCUAUCCCGUCUAAUGCCACUGCUGUCCCCACUGAUCCCCCCACAGGAGGCUGUGCUCCUGACUGGAUGCAAUUUCAGGAAAAGUGUUACAAGAUAGGACUGGAUCUGAAAACCUGGACUGAAGCCAGAUCAUACUGCAAAAGUAUUGGAGGAAAUCUAGCAUCCAUUAAUAAAAGACUCCAGCAAGCUUUCUUAACCUCCAAGAUGGAUGACCCAAACAUCCCAGAUUUAUGGAACGGCUUGAAUUCUUUCGUACAAAACAGACUUAAAUGGACAGAUGGAAGUUCUGUUUUGUUCAGCGACUGGGCACAAGAAGAAACGGAAAAAGAAUACAGAGGGAGGCAAUACGAUAUGUGGACGCUUAGGUAUGGCUUUAAGGGUCAAUACUGUGGAGUACUGGGAGGGGCUGCAAGAGCUCAGCUAGGAAAAUGGUUGACAAAAAGUUGCAACGAAACCAGUGGUUACAUUUGCAGUCGUGUUGUUGAUCGUUCAUUCACUCCAAGUCCCACAGACGUGCCCAGAACUUUUAUCAAGCUUGGAAAUUCUUCAUACAUGCUCGUCAAAACCAACAUGACCUGGGAAGAAGCUCAGAGUCACUGUCAGUCUGUGGGGGCAAACCUGGCCAGCAUUCGGGACGCCUUCACCCAGUCCUACAUUGAGCUGCAGACACAUGAAUUCAGACAACCCAUAUGGAUUGGUCUUAACAGUAUGGAGACAGAUGGGUACUUCCUGUGGAUUGAUAAAUUCCACUUGAAUAUGGAGAAGUGGGACAGAUAUGAACCAGGGCAGCAUCCCUGUGUUUAUGUGGAUGUAUAUGGAGCAUGGAAAACUACCCUCUGCAAUAAGACCUACUACAGCAUGUGUAAAAAGUCAGAAGAAAUUGCUCCAACUCUACCCGCUCAGUACUCAGGGGUGUGCCCCGAGGACACUGAAGAUGAACCAAAGAUGACAUGGCUGCCUUAUAAAGGGCAUUGCUAUGCAAUUGUGAAGAGAAAAGAGUCAUGGAGCGCUGCUUCUCGCAUCUGUACAACCAGAGGAGCUAAUCUUGUUAGCAUUUUGGACACCAUGGAGUCAACGUUCAUAGAAAGGUGCAUCAGGUUGUUUGGUGACAGGUACAACAGUUACUGGAUCGGCCUUUUCAAGACCCAUGCAGGGCACUGGCUGUGGCUGGACAAAAGUGUGAUGGAUUACACCAACUGGAUGUCUAGUGAAUAUGAAUGGUUCAGGCACAGGAACACUCCAUGCGUCACAAUCAUGGAGUCUAAAUGGAGAAAAACAGAUUGUGACACUGACACUGAGUUCAUUUGUAAAACAGAAAAAGUCCUACCCACCGUUCUACCCACAGCUCCACCAACAGAAACAGUACAUACAGGUGAAGCUGAAACCCUGUAUGUGCCAUACGGUGCUGUGUCGGUGGCUGGGGCAGUUGCAGUCAUGUUUCUACUGGCUGGAUUGACGUACAUGUUCCACAGAUGUUUCAAAAGGCAUGCUGCUUCUUCCACAUAUGACGAGCCAGUGUAUUACAGAAUGGAAGGUCCUCUGCAAGAAGGGAUUGACACCAGAGCAAGGGCAGACACAUAGAGGUUUAUGCAUUGGUACCUGUUUUCGUAGUUUAUGUAUGUUCCUUUAUAAUGGAACUGGCAGUUACAUAACCUGAUCUGAUCUGGUACUCAUGCCUGUUCUUGACUGGCUUCAGUUCAGAACAGUUUAGUUUGAUUUAUUUGCCAAACCAGAAAGUUUACAUUAUGUUCCCAUUACAAGUUUCACAAAUCCCUAUUUUUUAAUUAUUACCCUAAUCUUAUCCAUAUAAACAUAGCACAAAAAGUAUGGAAAUUUGUGUUUGGUAGAUUAUUUCUUAGUUGUAUAAAUGCUUCUUGGCAAUAAAUCUUACACCAUUGGAAAGCCUGUUAAUUUCCCUUUUGAAUUGUGCUACAUACAGGGGUUGGACAAUGAAACUGAAACACCUGGUUUUAGACCACAAUAAUUUAUUGUCUCGACGGACAGUUCUGGUGGAAACAGGAGAGUUGAGGUGCACAUUGAAUUCUGCCGUGAUUUGGGCAGCUUUGUUUUUUGGAUACAAUCCGGGUUAGCACCCGAACAUCCCUUUCAGACAGCUUCCUCUUACAGCUUCCACAGUUAAUCCUGUUGGAUGUGGUUUGUCCUUCUUGGUGGCAUGCUGACAUUACCCUGGAUACCAUGGCUCUUGAUACAUCACAAAGACUUGCUGUCUUGGUCACAGAUGGGCCAGCAAGACGUGCACCAACAAUUUGUCCUCUUUUGAACUCUGGUAUUUCACCCAUAAUGUUGUGUGCAUUGCAAUAUUUUAAGCAAAACUGUGCUCUUACCCUGCUAAUUGAACCUUCACACUCUGCUCUUACUGCUUCAAUGUACAAUUAAUGAAGAUUGACCACCAGGCUGCUCCAAUUUAGCCAUGAAACCUCCCACACUAAAAUGACAGGUGUUUCAGUUUCAUUGUCCAACCCCUGUAUCUAAGAAACAUGCAGUUGUUUUCUGGGUUGUUAGAUAUUAAACUAUGAUUAUGCCCAGAGGUGGAAAGCAACAAAUUACAUUUACUCACGUUACUGUAAUUAAGUAGAUUUUAUGAGUAAUUUGUAAAUUUUUAAGUACAUUUUUAAAGUACAUUUUUAAAAUAGGUAAUUUUACUUUUACUUUUUUCAAGAACAUUUUGACACAAGUAAUUUACUUUGCUACAUUGGAAAACUCGCCGUUACUGAGUAAAAAUAAAAUGCUGGGAAAAAAAACAAUUGUCUGAAUAAAAAAAAUAAAAAAAAUUGCUCGCGUGUGGAAUAACGAGGCAAGUGGCUGCCCCACAGGACAGAACUGUCAUCUUUCAAAACUUCCACAUCAAACCUGCAAAAGCAUGUGGUGGUAAGUUAUAUGUAUAUGUAAGUUAUAUGUAAAUUCACUGCUUAGCUGUGGAUUUACUUUAUAAAGACCAGUAAUCUCUGUUUAUAUGCAGCUACACAGAUUAUACAAUCUUCUGUAUUUAGUAAAAUAUCCAGCACAAUAAUCCCUUUAUUAAAAAUUGUACAACCUAAGCAAAUUCUUUGGCAUAAUUCUGCUUUCAGGGUUUUCUGAAAAAUAGUUAAGUUUAAUGGAGACGAAAGGUGUUUGUUAUCCUGUAUGUUAAUUAAUAUACCAAUGUGCAUCAACGCCUAAAUUAAUAGUAUAUUAAAUACACUGAAAGCUGUAUGAAAUGUGCUUGUCUGCACAAUUUUAACAGGUGAUUGAGGCGAAUAUAACCUAAAUACCUUAACUAGUGGUCAUGGAUUACAUUGUAGUGGAUUAACCAGAGGAUUUCUUCAUGGCUUGGACACACACACACACUACCCCCAUCUUAUGGUCUAAAAGGAAUGUUCUAACUUUACAAUCACCCCAGAAGAACACUCUAAAAAAACCUUGGAGUAAUCUUUUUCAAACAACCUUAAAUUUCAAAAUGACAUUUACUGACUAUUUCUUCACUCAGCCUCGCUCGAGAGCCCUAAAUGCGAGUUUAGGGUAAAAUUCUGUUUACAUUCCUCCAAGUCAUAAACCUCGGAGUUAAUGUAAACAUUUGGAACAUUUGCAACACCAUCACUAGGACGGGACUGCGGACUUAAGAGAGUGUCAAAACUUAAUUAAUGCCUUGGAAAUUGUUAAUUCACCAAAUGUUGUACCAAUUUAGGGGUUUGUGCCUAGUUAUUUCUGCAAUCACUUAGAAAUAAGAUUAAUGAAAUUAAGAGAAAUGUUCUAAGCUUGGGAUUCCAUUUUCAACAUUGCAGGCUCAAAUUCUGUGGGGUGCAGAAAGAACUCCUUCCCCCACCGUCGUAAAUUCAGACAGGCAAGGACCAGCCGCUUA